AUGAAGCUCCUCGUAUUAUCCAGCCUUGUCGCCCUCGCAGUCAGCGAGUUCUCCUGCAUCAAGCCCGUCAACCCUAUCCCCGCAGGACCACCGGGUCUUUGUUGCAAGGACCUAGUCGAAUACCCGAUCCUGAGCUUUCUCUACACGGGCAACACAUGCACGAGAGCGGUUAAGAUCGACGAGGCGGCGGAUGGGUCUACGACGUAUGAGUCGUGCGAGGCGGAUUCAAAGGCUGCGUGCUGUGAUCCGCUUGUUACGGAGAUAGAGAAGACGGGGAACAUUGCUUGCGUGUUGCCGGAAUAA